AUGCUUCUUCACUGGCCAGCAUUUCUAAACUGGCUGGAUUAUUAUAAAGAUCAACACUGCGAGAAAAGGGGCAUCUGUAUCUUAGGAGCGGAAGCUCUUCCAUGCAAACUAUGCCAGUUUCGUGAGCUGGCUAGCAUCUACUGGGGUACUGUUGAUGGAGAUCGUACUGAGAAGUUCACUGCUCUGACCAAAUUGAUUGGCUCGGAGUGGGGUGCUCCCCCGAGGGUCCAACAAGAUGUGGCAGAGUACUGGCCUGAAGUUUACCGGCAGCUGAGGAACGAGACUCGGAGUUUCUUUAAAACCGAUCUAUUUGGCCUCUUUCGCUUGUCCAAUGUCACUGUCAGACAAUGUCAUGGUAUGGGUGCCUGUAGGCCCCAAUAUACCGAGACUGAACUAGAUAUGUUGCACGUUCAAUUUCCCGAUGCUCCCAUUAAAGGAAAGGCAAAUACAGCCCAAUUGGGUGACGCCAUUUCAGAGUAUUUUGAACAGAGAAAACUACCAACCAAGUGCGGUAGAUGCCACAAUGACCGAUAUGACCACGAAAGUUUCCGUCGGAUUCCCGAGUGCCUCAUGGUACAUGUUAAUCGGAUCGGAACGACGGCUCAGGGGAAUCUAUUCAAGAUCAACAACCCAAUCCAGAUCCCACUGGAUUUAAUGUUUGAUGCUUCAUGCUUUGACCCACGAGUCACCAUCGAUGACAAUGUCGUCUAUGAACUGACUUCCGUCAUAAUGCACAAAGGUGAACCUAAUUCGGGACAUUAUUAUAUCUUUGCUAAAGGGCCCGGCUCAAAGUGGGCUCUUCUUGACGAUGAGGAUGUGACUCGCGUCGAUGGAUAUGACGCCUGGGCUGGAAGGAACUCCAACCAGUGUCGCGCCUACAUAUUCGGCUUUCGUCGCCUCGCGGUGAAUCCAACCCACCAGAGGAUCGUCUAUUCGGAUUCUUCAUCGGAGGAUAGUCGCGUGAAACAUGUCCAAAUUGAAAAACAGGUGGGACAAAAUGAGAAUGGGGAGAGUGAAUGGGAGAUUGCCGAUUCUGCAGUCUCCGAGGAGUUUGAUGACUUUGACGAGGAACCAAGUGCCUUCAGGAUGAAGUUUACCUCUGGUGGCGAAGAGUCGAUGGUCGUCAAGGCCAAUGUUGUAACCGAAGGAUCAAUGGAGAAUUUUAGAUUCCCAAAUGAGGAGGGCCUUUUGGAACUCAGCUGGUAUGACCAGGAUGAUAAUGUCAUCAAAGCCUUCAACGUCCAAGGAGUACUAGAGCAAGGUCUUCCCAGUGCUUCCAGAUACAGAGAGUUGUACAGUGAAACUGCAUCUAUUGAGGCGAUCAAGUCUACCAAAUCCAAGGAUUCGAACAAAUCAUCCCCGAACAAGCCUGGUGCCAAAAAAGGCAAGGCUCCAGUUGGCGCAAAGCCCAAGGGCGAAGAGAAAAAGAAGCGGACUCGAGGUUCUGUAGCGGGCAUGAUAGAGGAAGUCAAACAGGCAUUAAAAAACGAGAAUACGAAGAAGGGGAAGCAGGUGAAGCAGGCGAUGCCCUACGGAUUCUUUUGA